UAAUAGAGUGGGAGCUUAGUUACGAUUGGGACGUCCAUACGAGCAACGGCUGGAAAUAUGAAAAUGCAGUACGACUUGGAGGGUGCGGUUAUCCACCAGCCCAGGGAACAACAUUUCGGAGGAUGGAAGUUGAAGCUGAAAUUAGGCGCUUUGCUACUGGUUUCCUUGAUGGUCUGUUCGGCAGUGGUGACGAUCAUCUACCAGCGAUACUAUGAAAAACAAGUGGAUACUCAUUUCGAAGUUGUGGUUUAUGAUAGUGAUAUUCAGGAAGAAGUGCGGGAGGAGGAGUACGAAACAUCGUCAGAGAAUGUCAUGAAAGAAGAUACACUUUUGUCACUUUCUGGAGAAAAGGAGAUCAGUUCCAAUGAGGAGAAUCGUUCAAGUUUAGAUAAUCAAAAGAUUCAGGAGUUAGUUUCAACUCUAAUAUCAGCUCAUGAGUCUACGAAAGACGCAGAUUGGAAGCAAAGUACGGAGGAAGAUAAUUGGGUAUGGGAAGGUAGUGGAAUUGUAGGCAUCAGGUUCCGCUUCGAGGAUGGUAAAUUCAGCUUACCAAUACCGAUAAUGAAUGAGGAAACAAAGAUCUCUGAAAAAGAAAUCGAAAAUGACAAUCAAAAGGAAUUCGUGGAUAAUGAAAUUGCAGAAAUUGACAAAAAAAUUUCCAACUCCGCCAUUUUGAUCAAUCCACCGAUAAAUCCAGCAGAAGAUUUGGGCCUGGAAGCAGCGAUCAUGCAAUUUGAGCUCAAUGAGCAGGGCCUAUCGAUUAAGUUUGGCGAUAACGAGAAUGACCUGCAGGAACUUCGAAGCGACUCCGGGAUGGGAUGGUUAGCGCGAUUAAUGUUGCAGGAGCUGUUUCUGGCGACCAACAGUUUUGGAGAUACUGGUAACUGGGUAAAUUUAAGUGACAGCCAGGUGCCUGCGGUGAACACCGCCGAGGAGGUCUGGAGUUGGGAUUCAGAUAAUGGUCAGAUUGGAUUCAAGCUCCGAUACGAAGACGGUCAGUGGUCUUUCGAACCAGCGGUGCCGGAUAAAGAAUCGAAUGAAGGUGGUUUGGAUAGGAUUCUAGAUCAAAGCGAUUCCACGAAUGAGUCGAAAGAAGAAAUUGUAAAUUCUGUAAAAAAAUAUGCGAACCCUAAACUCAAUUUAGACAGUGAUGAUAGUGUUUUUGAGGUGUUGAAAUAAACAAAAGAAUAUAUUAAAAAGUUGUUGCGACCAAGAAGUGCGCACCACUAAAACAAGUGUGGUAGUGGUUUUGUAUAAGAAAUUAAAAUAUAUCGUUUUCCGUGUAUUAUUUAA